UUUGUAAUGGAAAUGCCCCCCGAAAACCAAGGGGCCUUAGGUUUCUGCUGUCUAUAAUCCAAUCGAGUCCAAUUCCAUUCAUCUCCGCCAUUGUCGCUCUCUCCCACUCUCCGUCACUUUUCUUCAAUUCCGGCGAGGGUUUUAUCCGGUGGCGUUAGUCUUGCUACUGUUUUCGUCGCCGAUCGGCGGAGGAUAUAUAUAUACGGGAAAUUUUGGCGGCUGAUUUCUGGAAUUUUUUUUAUUGCGUUGGCGGAUCUGAUCUUCAGUCGCGGGGUUUCGCUGUUAGAUUAGGAUUAUUGUAUAUGCUGUAAUUGACUCCCCACAAUUUUGUUCAUAGACCAGCUCGAGUGAGGGGGCUUCGUCAAAGGCGUCUGAUUUUUGUUGGAUUGUUUUUGCUCAUCAGGAAUUAGGGUUUUUGGUUGUUUAUGUCCCUCGAUCCUUUUAGUCUGUUUUAUCGGUUGGCAUCUAGAGCAACGAGGUUAGUGGAAUCGCUAUGCAGAAGAGUGGCAGUGUGAAUCGAAAUUCUUCUUUAAGAGUAAUGAUCCCUCAGGCACCGCAGUCACUGAGACGCUUGGGUUUGUGUUCACAAAUAGCCACUGGUGGACCUCAGCAGUCAUCACCCAUUGUAUUCCCUGAGAAGCGCAGCAAGAAGGUCAAGGCUUCUUCGAAACACAACGAGGUCACGAAUGAUACCCAAGUGAAACCAAAAGUUGAUGAGCAUCGUAUUGAUAUUGGUGGAGGGGAUGAGAAAUCGAAUUUGUUAGGUUGUCUUGUUUACUCUGGGAAGCUUGUUCUGGAUAAGAGAAAGUCUGUGAGUGGAAAAAGCGCUACAGACGAUCAGCAAUCAUCAUCCCCCGACAUUCCGAACAAACAAGCUGUGGAUGCCAAGCUUACAAGCAGGGCUCUUGUUUGGGGUUCUCACAUGCUACAACUUGACGACGUUGUGUCGGUCACAUACAAUGUUGGUCUCAGGCAUUUCACCGUGCAUGCUUAUCCUUUUGGAAAGGGUUCAUGUGGCCUUUCUUGUUUCAUGAAACCUAAGAGAAGUCGCAAAGAUUUCCGCUUUUUGGCGCCUACAAUAGAAGAAGCAGUUCAAUGGGUAGCAAGUUUUGCAGAUCAACAGUGUUUCGUUAACUGUUUGCCACAUCCAUUAGUCUCUUCAAAAAAACAGGCGUCAUCUGAGUUACUUACGGUUCCCAUUGACACUCCUCCUGAGCUGAUCUUCAGGUGCAAGAGUCCACCCAAAAUGCUUGUCAUAUUAAACCCUCGGUCAGGGCAUGGGCGAUCUUCCAAAGUUUUCCAUGACAUAGUGGAACCAAUUUUCAAGCUUGCUGGAUUUAAGUUGGAGGUGGUUAAAACAACUAAAGCGGGUCAUGCAAGAGAGCUGGCUUCCACUGUUGACAUCAAUGCAUGCUCAGACGGAAUAAUUUGUGUUGGUGGCGAUGGGAUCAUUAAUGAGGUUCUCAAUGGAUUACUCUCUCGAAGCAACCAUAAAGAAAGAAUUUCUAUCCCGAUUGGAAUAAUACCUGCUGGUUCUGACAACUCGCUAGUUUGGACUGUUCUUGGUGUGAGAGAUCCUAUAUCUGCAGCAAUUUCUAUUGUGAAGGGUGGUCUAACAGCUACUGAUGUCUUCGCUGUUGAGUGGAUUCAAACGGGUGUUAUUCACUUCGGAAUGACAGCCUCCUACUAUGGUUUUGUUAGCGAUGUUUUGGAACUCUCUGGAAAAUACCAAAAGCGCUUUGGUCCUUUGCGUUACUUUAUUGCUGGAUUUCUCAAGUUCAUGUGUUUGCCAAAGUAUAGCUAUGAAGUGGAAUAUCUUCCAGCACAAAAAGAGGGUGAAGGGAAGAAUGGAACUGAAAAGGAAGUUAUCGACAUGCAAUAUCUUUACAUGGAUAUAAUGAGGAGAUCGAGUAAAGAAGGAAUGCCUAGAGCCUCCAGUUUAUCGAGUAUUGACUCGAUAAUGACCCCAAGUAGGAUGUCUGGAGGGGAAUUAGAUACGGGUAGCAGCACUCAUGCCAGCACUGAGCCGUCUGAAUAUGUCCGAGGGAUAGAUCCAAAAGCUAAGCGCCUCUCAUCCGGCAGAAGCAAUGUUACAGUCGCUGAGCCAGAGGUUAUACACCCGCAACUGCCUCUGUCCACAACCCCUAAUUGGCCAAGGACUAGGUCGAAGUCAAGGACGGAUAAAGGAUGGGCCGGGUUAACUACCACCGUGCAGGAUCCUUCAGCUCGAUGUUCUUGGGGGAAUGCCGGUGCUAAUGACAGGGAGGACAUAUCUUCUACCUUAUCUGAUCCGGGUCCGAUCUGGGACGCUGAACCGAAAUGGGAUUCAGAGCCAUCGGCUUGGAACGUGGAGAAUUCGAUCGAGCUGCCUGGGCCACCAGAGGAUGGAGGGAUGAUGAAGGAGGAGGAGGAGGGUAUGAGAUUUGAAGACAAAUGGGUUGCCAAGAAGGGGAAUUUCCUGGGGAUACUAGUGUGCAACCAUGCGUGUAGGACGGUGCAGAGUUCGCAAGUGGUGGCACCGACGGCUGAACACGACGACAGGACCAUGGACAUGAUCUUGGUCAACGGGAGCGGUCGACUCAGGUUGAUGAGGUUCUUCGUGCUUCUGCAACUGGGUCGGCACCUCUCGCUUCCGUACGUGGAGUACGUAAAGGUGAGGUCAGUGAGGAUAAGGGCAGGGAGCAAGACGCAUAACGGGUGCGGCAUAGACGGGGAGCUUUUCCCAUUGAACGGAGAGGUUAUAUCCUCUAUGCUUCCCGACCAGUGCAGACUGAUCGGCCACCACCCCGGUCGUCGUCCUCGCCUUUCAUAAUAAUCAAUUUCUAUAAAAUAAAAUAAAAAAGUCGUGAGAGAGACGGUGGGGUGUUUAUAUAUAUACAUACAUACAUAUAUUGAAUUCUAUUGUCGGCUUUAGGAGAACAUUUGAAGUGAGUAAUCCCUUUGUGCCACAGGACUGGUUACUGGUUUACUUACACGCCCCUCUUGGUGAAGUCCCUCUGUGUAUCCUUUUCAUGUCUUUUGUGGAAUCCUUCCUUCAUGGCAUGCAAUCAUUAUGUAAAACUUUA